AUGCCUGUGCCCCGCCGACAUCGCACAGAACCUUGUAGAUUGUGGCUUGCAGCCUUUAUUCAGGUCGGCACCAUCAAGUCGUACUUUCCAGAGCAAGGCUUCGGGUUCAUCGAGUGCCCGGAGCUCUUUGAGUUGCACCAGGCGGAUGUGUUCCUGCACAAGAACCAGGUGGACCAGCACUUGGGGAAGAGAGCUUUUCCAGGAGACAAGGUCAAGUUCUUAGUCGGCAUGAACAAGGCGAAAAAGCCCCAGGCCAGAAACGUUGCCCGUUUUGUCGGCGAAUCCGCUGACACAGGGUCUUGGGUGGAUGGCAACAAGACGUAUGUUGGCCGUGUGGACAAGUACUGGCCUGCGAAGGGCUACGGCUUCAUCGCCUGCGAGGAGACCAGAGGCAUUUUCCAGAGCGAUGUCUUCCUGCACAAGAACCAAGCUGAGGAAGCCAAUCUCCAGAGAAUGCAUCUGGUGACCUUUUCUGUGGAGAUCAACAGCAAGGGCAGGCCACAAGCCAGAAAUGUCGAGCGUGUCUCGGCGCCUUCCUAUGCCAGUCGGGAGCCCUCCGCACCAGCAGAGGCGGACGUUCAGAUGGAAGAUGCGUGA